UGUAAGAGCUGGAACUGAGAGCGCACUCCUGCUUUUCAUCCACUUUCCACAAAGCAACAUCUGUGAGCGCAAUUCAUGUCUCUGAUUUAUCUUUGACUUACAGAAGGGAUUUUUUUUUGUCUAGUUUUAUUGCCAUGGCAAAAUGGUCACUCUUCUUUUUAUACCUUUUCCAUGGACAACUUUCCCUCAUCUUUGGGCAGCAGCAGCGCACAGCUGGGCCCUGGCGGCACCGGAUUCAGUGGGAGAACAACGGGCAGGUUUAUAGUUUAAUGAGCACUGGGUCAGAGUACCAUGCUCCGGUUCGGUCCAGAAGCCAGUCGAGGGUUUAUGUUAGCGGCAGGAGGGAUGGCACCAGGAGCCAAAUGCCGGGAGCGCACAGAGGAGCCACGCUUGUAAGACCCGGACAGGCUGAGUCCAGACAGUUCAGGACUGAUCACCGUGUAGAGCCGGGAUCUACUGCGUUAGGACGCGAUGUUAGACAGUAUGCGCCUUUUAACAGUCGUGCGUCAGGGGCACAACACUUUAACCCUGAACACACCAACACCAUCAAUGCCGAUUUUCCAGGCAGUAUAGAACGUGUCAAUAUGGAUGCCACUGCACUGCACAACAGAGGAGGAGAACCAGGGCCCGGUGCGCAAUACCAACAGUUACGCGCUGUGCCAGAGGCGAUGACUGUUUCCAGGCAACACGCGCAGACAGAUCAAUCCGUCUCAGCACAUCCCAGAGCUCUGGAAAGGGAAUCUGAGGCCCGUGCUCCAUCCUCUGCACUUAGUGAUGAUGGUUCAAACGAGGCAAACGGUAAUGGAGAAGACAUGAUUAACGACGACCCUCGAAAUCCGUUAAAAAACCACAGGAAUUCUGUUUUUUACAACUCGUAUCCCACAAGAGGGAGGUCAGUGGCCCGCACGCACCGUCCGCCUGGCACAGGAUAUGGAACAAGAUAUUUCCAAAAUGGACUGCCAGACCUUGUGCCAGACCCAUAUGCUAUCCAAGCAGGUGCAUAUGUCCAGCGCAUGCAGAUGUUUGCGCUUCGCUGUGCAGCUGAGGAGAACUGUCUAGCCAGGUCAGCUUAUGGACCUGCCGUGAGAGACAUCGACUUCAGAGUCCUCCUGCGAUUCCCCCAAAAAGUGAAGAACCAAGGCACCACUGACUUCCUUCCUGUCAAGCCGAGAUACCAGUGGGACUGGCACAGCUGUCACCAACACUACCACAGCAUGGAUGCCUUCAGUAACUACGACCUGCUGGAUGUCGUCAGUGGACGUAAAGUGGCCGAGGGACACAAGGCCAGUUUUUGUCUGGAGGACACGGGCUGUGAACCCGGAUUCCGGCGGCGCUACGCCUGUACAUCUCAUACACAGGGACUGAGUCCAGGAUGCCAUGACCUGUACGCUGCCAACAUCGACUGUCAAUGGAUUGACAUCACUGACGUACCUCCUGGAAAUUAUAUCUUGAAGGUUACUGUCAAUCCCAAUUUCCACGUCCUGGAGUCAGACUUUACCAACAACAUAGUGAGAUGUGAUAUCACAUACACAGGAACUUAUGUUCAGACACGCAACUGUCGAGUAUCAAGAGUUUGAAAUCUUCCUUUUCAAGUAUUCUGUAGAAGUUUUGCAGCAAACAUCUCUCCUUGUACUGUGCAUCAACAAAAAGGACUCGAUGACUAACAAAAGGUUUUUAACUGUAACUGCUAUAGACUUGUGUUGCAUUAACUGUAAAUAAAUGCAGAGGUUUACACAUUUUGUACAUCAACCUAGUGAGAUCCUCUGAUUUUCUUGAUUUUUGUUAUGCCUUAAUUCGUAACAAAGAUAUAGUUUUCUUUUUUUGCCUUAACAAAUUCAAGUGCCGUGUUCAUAAACAUUUAUUUCUGGAAUGCUGGUUUAUUGCUUUGAAUGGGUUUUGUUGCCACGUGUUGUCUCUGUCAUGUUUUUCUGCUUUGUUUUAUUGUUAUGUGCAGACGAUUUGUUUUUACAGUUUUAUUUAAAGGAUAAGAUAUUCUAUAUUUUUGUUAUUGUCAACAAAUCUCGUUAAUUGUUUUUAAAGACAGUUAUUUCCUAAACCAGCUGUAGUUUUUAGCAAAAGUUACUCAAAUUGGAGUAAAUAGUGCAUUUGUUCUGGACUAUUUCCAGCUGUGAAAAUUAGUAUUUAUGGCAGCAGGACGGUACAGAAUUUGUUCAUACUAUUUGGUCUUUUCAUGGGAUGUGUUGAAUAAUAAGAAAAAUACAAAUUAUCACUUGUUCUUAAACCACUUGGUGGUUACAUUAGCAAACUUCAAAUAUCUCAUUUUAUGUUAAAUAGUAAGGGUAAUAUGUCAAAUUAUGUCGUUAUGAAUGCGUGCUUGUGUAUGAGUGAAUGAAAAAAGUGGGAAACUGUAAUGUAAAACUGUUAUAAUUGCUAAAACAUUGUUGAAAACCUUAUUAUAUUCUGUUGCAUGUUGGAUUUAAUGCAAUAAAGAUGGUGAAGAGUGAGGACUUUA